UUUCCUGUAGACUUCCUAGAUCUGGGUCUGGGUGUGUGUGUGUGUGUGUGUGUGUGUGUGGGGUGUGUGUGAGUGAGAUUGACAUUUCCUGAAAUCUAUUAAAGAGGAAGAGUUUGUGUGAUUAAUACGAAGGAAAAGAGAUGGCAAAAAACCCGGAAGAGAGUGUCAACAUGAAAAGUCCUGCGACUGUCGCUCACUACAAGGCCGGCAUGGUGCUGAGCGGCGUGGGGGAUGCCCUCGGUUUCCGCUGGGAGUUUGUUUAUUCCGGACCACGAAUCCAAAAGGAGGUUCAGAGUCUUGGUGGAUUGGAGAACAUCAAUGUUAGUCUUCCUGAUUGGCGGGUCAGCGAUGACACCGUGCUGCACUUGGCAACUGCUGAAGCUUUAAUCACAGGUAAGGAAGACGUGGAGCUGCUGCAUGAGGUGGCUUCCCAUUACAAAAAGGCUAUGAAGGAUAUGUAUGAGAGGGCUCCAGGAAUGUCGACCAUCCAUGGUGUGGACUGCUUAAAGCCAGGAUCUCCAGAAGGCUACAGAAUACCUUACGAUCGAACAAGUGGAGGUUGUGGAGCUGCCAUGAGGGCAAUGUGUAUUGGACUGAGAUACCCACGACCAGACCAGCUGUCCUCAUUGGUCACUGUUGCUAUCGAGACUGGAAGAAUGACCCACACUCAUCCAACUGGAUUCCUUGGGGGUGUGGCUUCUGCAUUGUUUGCAGCCUAUGCCAUUCAGCGACGUCCAAUCACGACUUGGGGGAUGGGCUUACUGAAGGAGGCUUGUCCAAUUGCAAAGGAUUUUGUGAGGUCAGCCGGAUACGCCGUUAAUGAGACUGAAAGAGACUGGGAAUACUUUACUAGAAAGUGGACAGAUUAUCUUGAGAAAAGGGGUUUGUCAUCAGGAACUGGUCCAGCGAUCUUUCCUGAGCCGUACGGACCUGAAGAACGUGACGAGGCAUACAAAAGUUUCAGCUGGUCCGGAUGGGGUGGUAGCAGUGGUCAUGAUGCCCCGAUGAUAGCGCUGGAUGCCCUCCUGGGGGCGGGAUCAAACUGGGAGGAGCUAAUGAGCCGAGCAGGAUUCCAUGGAGGAGACAGCGACAGCACGGCGGUCAUCGCAUGUUGCUGUUGGGGUCUGUUGUACGGUAUGAAGGGAGUGCCCAAGUGUAACUACGCCAACCUGGAGUACAGGGACCGGCUGGAGAAGAGUGCUGAGAAACUUUAUGCUCUGUCACACUAAAUUCACCACGUCAUAAUUUUGCAUGCAUACUUUAAUUCAGUAUUCCAAUCUAUUCAUGAUGAUAAUUAUUCUUUUAAUUAUAAUAGUGAUAAAACACUGGUUCUAGAAUAUAAUAAGUGACUGUUGCUUACUAUGGAAAAAUAAAGAGAUUUUGAAUCACACUAA